AUGACUUCGAGUGUUUCAUCGUCCAUGGAAAAUUUUGAUAAAAACCUGAAGAACAAAAAUGAGAGCAGCAAAAACGUGAGCAAUAUAAAUAUUAGCAGCAAAAAUGAGAGCAACAAACAAGUGAGCAAUACAAAUGAGAGCAACAAAAAAGAGAGCAACAAGAACGAGAGCAUAAAAAACGAGAACAAGGAACACGUGAGCAACAAAAAUGAGAGCAACAGAAACGAGAACAACGACAACGACCACGUGAGAAGUAAAAACGUAAACAACAAAAAGUUGGAAACAAAAAUCCCUUAUCGAUCGUUUCCUCGGGAUCUUCAUAAGGAAGCACAAGCUCCAUCGAAAGAUGAAGGGAACACGAUCGUGAAGCGGUCUGGUGCAGCAGGAGUCUGCUCAACGCCGUACGGCAAGAUGAGCGUCGGUCAAGCCAUCCAUUGGAUUGGCUGCAGAAAAAUGCUCUGCCGAUCAGAGCGGGGAUUUCCUUAUCUACUGGAAAAAACAUGUCCCCCGAUUCCCGCCAACUUGCCCCAAGGAUGCACCGUCUUGCACCCAUCGCAGAUCCUACCUUAUCCUGGCUGCUGCCCCAGACCUAGCUGUCCUCCUAAGGCGCCGCGACCAUCACCAACUCUAAAACUCAUGAGCGCGAUUAGGCGACCCAAGCAAACACAAGUAAAAACUAAAGAUGAUUCAGAUCAAGGAGACAAGAUUGCAUUGGUAAAGAUAGAAGAAAAACAGGGAAAAAUUACGGUGUUCCAACCAAAUGGAGACAUUAGUGCUUCUGAAAUGGAAAAAGCUAACAUUUCAACAAAAAAUGAAACUUUGGCUAAAGUCAGUGAUUCUAUAUUCAACGAGGAAAUUAACAAUAGUACCGGCGCUGACCGACUUACUUUGAACUCGACAAACAACGUUGAACAAUCAUUGCCGGCGGCAGCCCAUGAUGCUUUGGCAAAUAUUCGACCACAAACAGAAACUGAAACAAAAGAUCUACUUGACACGAUAGGGGGAGGUGAUGUAUCAAAGAAGACCAAUGAAGCCAAGAAAAAAGCAAACACGACAAAAAAUACGGAAAAUGAAGCCAUCAAAACUGAGAGAUCCAAAAGAAUCAACAAGCUAUUAGAAAACACAGUAAACCACAGAAAUCUCCUCAGGCAAACCCAAAAUCACAAGAAGAAUAACAACGGAACAGAUAAAAUGAACUAUCAAGUUAAUCCACUGAAGGAUUCACUGACCGAUCCUCUUACGUUGAAUCCCAUUAUACCUUCCGACGGAAAUGAAAAUUUUCCUAAAAGUAUUCUUAGUAAUAGAAGGGGAAAGAACCAAUCGGAUGAAAAAAUUGCCAUAUUCUCGGAAUCUGCUUUUCCGGAAAUGGGUGAACACUUUGCUGGAAUUAGAGACACGUACGAUUCAGGUGAUGCACGUGUAGGGAAUGGUAGUGAAAGGUUGGUCGCUCAUAAUGAUUCAUCUCCAGUAAUCAACGCCAUUCGUAUGAAAAAGAUAACACUUGGUGACAAUUUUUCCGCAAUAGAAGAAUCUGAAAUUUAUGAAUUUGUUCAAGAAACGUCUUUCAAGUUUCCAACUGAAAAUAAAACUGACAAUCUAGUUUCUGAAUCACAGACGAAUGAAAAUAAGGGAUAUUCAACUAUGAAUAAAACAUCAAGAGCCGCAAAUUCAACAACGUCUCAGAAUGAUGAAGAGCUCGUCUCAGUUACCACUACUACACCUGAGCUCACAACAUUGAUGCCACAAAACUUGAAAAGUGAAGAAACUGAUCAAUCUUCUGAGGGUUCGACAGUACAAGUGAAUCAAUAUGAAAAGAAGGCUCAUGAUAGCCCUACAAAAAAAGUUAGUAUAGUUGAGACAAGACCCCAAUACCUGAAGUUCUUUUCCAUUUUGAAAAAAGCUUCGGACAAUGGGACUGUCAUUUCUUUGCCAGGUACGAAGUCAAACAGUGCCCAAAUUCCAUAUGGCCUUAAUAAACGAGAUCGCAUCACUCUUGAAAUGGUUUCCGAAGCUAUUGAAAAAGGCCUGGAUGCUCUUUUUAUUCCACCCGAGAAGAAAAAAGUAAUUGUUCACCCAGAUAAAUCAACGGCUCAGCCUGAAAACAAAACAAGUGACGUGAUUGAAUUCAUUUAUAUUGGGCUGAAUCCAUCGCCUCAACUGAAAAAUAACAGUAAUGUACGUUUUUUAAAUGUCGACGACAUGGAACCGUCAGAGACGAAGCAAAUUGAACGCACUCGCAGGAAUACAAAACUGCAUAAGCACCAUGAGAACGAAAUUGUAAAGGAUUUCAGACCUAGAAGUAGGCCAGUAUUUUAUAUGCCACAGCGAUACAGAAAAAAACCACUUGAUGACAAAGCAAAUGCCACAAAAGCUGCCACUGCACAUAAGACUCUUAAUAUAUCAGCUGAGUCGUCGUCAAUUGUUGAAGCGACCACAUCUAAUGAACAAACUGACAUCGCAAAAGUUCCUCAAAUUCUUCAAGAAAGUAACAUAAUUGACGCUGCUCCAGAAAUUUCGACAGUCAAGCCAAUUAUUUCUGAAAAAUCACUCAAGAACGAAAGCAUUCCAGCAAACAGAGCCGACGAGAAAAAUGAAUCCAUAGCAAAGAGAAGGUCACGUUCUAGAAUGACAAUUCCAGGGCUAAUGUUGCCUCGCGCUAGAAUAAGUAAUGGGACUAAACUAAAUGAAAAAAUUUCUGCGUUCACCAAGACUGCUCAAGCAAAAUAUCGAAAGAAAGUGCCUAACAACAAUGAAGCCGUUACUGAGAUGGGCACUACGUCAGAAAAGCCGUCGAAAGCUUCCCCGUCCACUAUUGAGAGACGACGUUUACGAGGAAGACGAGUGCAAAAUGCAUCGGAUGAAGAAGCUCCUGCCAAAGAACUAUUGGCUGUUAACCAAAUGGAAUCAAAUGACAAAAAUGUAAAUCAUAACGACCGCUUACGAACAAUGCGGCAAAUGUUGUUGAACAGAAGGAGACCUUUGAGGACCGGAAGCACGCAAAAUAACAUGGCGGAUACUGAAGUAGGUGAAGUUCAGACUAAUUCUUCUGCUACAUCAACUGGCGACGUUAUUACACAACCACCGGAGGUGCUGAAGACUGACAUCAAAGCUCCUGAAGCGUCUGCUGACGCAAUCGAAACACAAAAAACAACUUUGCCCAUUUUAAGCGUAACAAUUACAUCAAAUGAUACUUUACGCGAGUUAGGUAAGGAUUCCGCUCAAGUAGAAUCUAAAGGGCAUGAAACGAAGCCAAAAAGUCUCAGUGCAAGACUUCGGUUGCAAAACCGAGUUAGUUCGAGGCAAAGGAAAAUAUUACCUCUUCCAAAUUACGGAAAAUCCACCCCACCUACUAUUCUGAAUGCCUUAAGUCACGAACCUGCCAAAAUUGGUUUAGAAACGGAUUCAGAACCACUCGAAGAAAGUAAACCUACGAUUUCGACGUCCGAAUCUGAUCAAACAUUGAAUGCUAUUGACAAUGAACAGCCAUCACUCAAACAAUUGGAUGCAAGCCUUUUGCAAACUGACCGCAGAAGGCAUGGUGCUCAGCGCGAAAGAUUGCUGAAACUCAUCAGAGCUCGUGCGAGGGCGAGGCAGAAUGCCGUGCCAACACCUGAAAUAAAAUCUUCAAGCCACGCCUCCACAACUCCUGAUACGACAGCAAUAUCUGGAGAAGGAUCUCCCGUGUCUUCUGUUCAAACCAACUCGCCAAAAACAAUUGAAUUAAAGAAAAUACCAAUAAGAGUUAUUAAAGAGCACUCCAGUGUCGUGAAACCCACAAAACCCACACAGUCUUUUCGACAGAGGCUUAAUCCAAAACUUGUAGCAGUGGCCCAGCCUAUUUCACCACCUACAAACGUGAGAAACUUGUCACCAGUUCGAGUCAACCAAAUUCAACAACGCGCACGGGUUGUUACAGAAUCUACUCCCGCCGCGGUGGUGACGCAUGCAAACAUUCCCGUGGUGGAUUUUGCUAGACGUACAGUUCAGAUUCCUAUUAGAAACCAUGUUGGUCAUCAAGUUAAUGCUAUUUCUCCGCAAAAUGUCCAAAAAACAGUCGUGUCUCCAUUACGGUCCACAGCGUUGCCAAGAGAACGCAAUCCACCGCCUGCGAAUGCAGUCGUUACACAGCCGACCAAUGCACCUGUUCCGAUCCAUCAGACACAACAGCAGUUCCAGCAGCCAACUCAUCCCCCCUUGCAGCAUAUCCACCAGAAAACAGGACUACCACAAGACCAUCAGCACAUUAUCCACCAUCCUUUCAAUCAGCUGGUUCUACCUCAGCCCAUUAACCAAUAUAACACUCAAUAUCAGCAGCAAAACCCAACCCCGAUUUUUACUCAAAAUCAACAAGUGAUUCAGAAUACACCUGCAAAUGUUGCUUAUCAACCUCAUCUGGUGCAACCUACUCAUGCGCCUCUCCAUCAAAGUCAUGUUAUUCAGAAUCAAGUACACGAAGCUCCCAAAACAACAACGAAAAAGCCUGUUGAUUAUGAAUCUCUUUUACCGACAGUGGAUGAUUUUCCGGAAAUGAGAGAUGAUUAUGAACUGCCAGGUUUCGACUUCGGAGAUGAAGACUUUGAGUAUAAAGAACCCCAAUUUGUAAUUGACUAUAAGAAAAAAAUCAAAGAAAAACCUAAGGAAAAGAAGCAAAAAAAUUACCCUGAGCCAGAGGAGCCACAAUUUACAAUUCCAAAAGAACCUUCUUUCGCUAUCCCUAAAAAAUCCAAAGUUAGAAAGCAAAAUAUUCCAGAAGGAGCAAAAGUUACCGAGAACGAAUACUUCGUUGAAGGACCAUCUGGUGUGCCAAUAAAAGUAACUACCGUGACUUUUCACACGUCUAAAUCCACGGUUCGAAACGAGAAUGUGAAGAAUCGGUCAUCACACUUCAAAAGAGAUCCUUUUGUUAACAAUUAA